AUGGAUGCCAAAACAUGUGCCGAUUGUAAUGGGACCAAUGCCAUCUGUACACAGAAUACAAACUAUGUUACCUGCUCUUGCAAGCCUGGAUAUGCUGGAAAUGGCUACAAUUGCACACAACUAGUAUAUUGUAACACUGAAACAUGCUGUUUACCAGGUUAUGUCUGGGACACUGUCACAAAAACAUGCAUUGAUGUAAAUGAAUGCGCAACUCCAACACUGAACAAGUGUCUCUCUGGAAACUCGUCUGACUGCAUCAAUAGGGCCGGAAUGCACUUGUGCAUUAAUAACCAAAGCAAACUAUGUCCUGUUAACCCCUGUGAAAAAUAUAAAGACUGUAUGAAAGUAAAUAGUUCAAGCUCUGAGAUCAAGUGUGCUGAUCCAUGUGAAAAUUAUAGUUGGCUGGAUGGAUCAAGCAGACUCUACAAUAUCAGCUCCACUGGAAGGUUUUUAACUGACCGCUACAAUUUUGGAUGGUUCCGAUACUACAAUAGUUUGGGGAUAAAAUAUGGAUGUGUGGAAGCCUUGAAAUGUGGAUCACUUGAGCCAUUUACUUUAAAUGGCAGCCACCCCAGUAUCGAGGAAGGGGUGAAGUUGGUGCCUCUUAAUAUUAAUUCACUAACAGGCUGCCGAAGUGGAUCAUCUAUCCCCGUGAAGGCUUGCCCUGGAGGAUACUAUGUCUACAAGUUUUCAGGGAACCUAAAGUAUGAUGUCUAUUGCACAGAAUUCACUCCUCCCCCUGAGCUGCCAACCACUAAGUCGCCCACUACACAAACCACUGAUCCACCGACCACUAAGCCACCAACCACACCAACGCCUGAGCCGUCCACCACUACACAGACCACUGAGCCACCAACCACACCAACACCUGAGCCGUCCACCACUACACAGACCUCUGAGCCACCAACCACACCAACGCCUGAGCUGUCCACCACUACACAGACCACUGUGCCACCAACCACACCAACCCCUGAACUGUCCACCACUACACAGACCUCUGAGCCAUCCACCACUACACAGACCACUGAACCACCAACCACAACAACCCCUGAGCUGUCCACCACUACACAGACCACUGAGCUACCAACCACACCAACCCCUAAACCAUCCACCACUACACAGACCACUGUGCCACCAACCACACCAAUGCCUGAGCCGUCCACCACUACACAACCACUGAGCCACUAA